GACUCUGGCUAGAAGAUCAGAACGACGAUAUUCGCGGGGCCGGGGGUUAGCUCGCUGCAUCCUUUUUGCUCACGGGAGAGCGCGGCGCUAGGCGGGCGGGAGGCCCUGGUUCAGCGUCACUCACGUCGACUCGGUCUCCUCGGUCGUGUGUCCGAACCUCUCCUGUCCGUGACGUACGAUCUCCAAAUCCUACCGGUACUAAAUUGAGUGUGCCGUUUCCCCGAAGUAUCGUUUUGAAAAUAAAUAAACCUCUUAUUCAUUAAGACUAUUUUUCAUUGUUCUCUGCUCGCUUCGGUUGUUUCUCUUUGCUUUGUACUUAACUUCGUAGUUUAAAUUUAUUUAAAGUUUAUUUUACAGUGUCUUUACGUUAAAAUAAAAUUAAUAACUGAAUUGUGACUUUCGGUUAGACUUUGUGAACGAAAAUAAGAAUAUUUGGAUUGUUGGAGUAGUGAAAAGUGACUCAAGUCAAAGACAUCAGUUUCAAGUUUCCGAUCUCAUUUACAUCUUUUAAGUAGAUUGGAACUUCAACGAAGGUCAACGUAAUAGAGAUAAUCAACACGGAGUUUUAAUUAACAUCUUUUUCUAACAAUUUGAAAGUUUCUGUUGGUCGAUUAUCUCGUGACGUAUAAUCUUACCCUGCCUGCAGUGCGUGCCAAGAGCCCCAGAGUCCCAGCCAUUAGAUUGAGUGGAGUGUCCCCUGCCCACACGUAGCCCUGUACGCAGCCAAAAUUCCGCGAGACACAACGGACACCUCCUCCAGCAUGGAACUGGAGAAAGCCCCCACUCUCCAUGAAGAAGACUCCAAAGUUACCCUCACUAUCAGACUGAUUAUGCAGGGGAAGGAAGUUGGGAGUAUCAUUGGAAAAAAGGGCGAAAUCGUUAAAAGAUUCAGAGAAGAGUCUGGAGCUAAAAUCAAUAUAUCAGAUGGAUCAUGUCCGGAGCGAAUCGUUACCGUUACCGGAAACACAAGUGCUAUCUUCAAAGCCUUCACACUCAUCUGCAAGAAGUUUGAAGAGUGGUGCUCGCAGUUCAACGAGGGCGGCGGCGGCGGCUCGCGCGCGCCCAUCACGCUGCGGCUCAUCGUGCCCGCCUCGCAGUGCGGCUCGCUCAUCGGCAAGGGCGGCUCCAAGAUCAAGGAGAUCCGCGACGUCACCGGCGCUAACAUACAGGUUGCAAGUGAAAUGCUUCCAAACUCAACUGAGAGAGCAGUGACAAUCAGUGGUACAUGUGAUGCUAUAACGCAGUGUAUUUAUCACAUUUGCUGUGUUAUGCUGGAGAGUCCACCGAAGGGAGCAACUAUUCCAUACAGACCAAAGCCGAACGUUGCCGGACCUGUCAUACUAGCUGGCGGACAAGCCUACACUAUCCAAGGGAACUAUGCCGUGCCGGCGCAAGAUGCGGUGUGCGCGCCCGUGUUCCCCGUGCUGGAGAUGAAGCCGCCCCUGGUGGGCGCGCUGCCGCCCGCGCACCUGCUGCCGCCGCUGCACGACCACCACCUUAUGGGUGGAUUAGCCAAAUCGCCGUUAGCAGGAUUAGCCGCCCUUGGACUUGGAGGUCUUGGACCAGCGAACACUGGUGGUCUUAAUCCAGCAGCGCUGGCGGCGCUGGCCGGGUCCCAGCUGCGGACUUCCAACCAGACUCGCAACGCGCCCGCCACCAACCAGCAGUCGCACGAGAUGACCGUGCCCAACGAGCUCAUCGGGUGCAUCAUCGGCAAGGGUGGCACGAAAAUUGCGGAAAUCCGCCAGAUCUCGGGCGCAAUGAUCCGAAUUUCUAACUGCGAGGAGCGCGAAGGAGGCAGCACCGAUCGCACCAUCACUAUAUCUGGCAACCCUGACUCCGUUGCGCUGGCGCAGUACCUCAUCAAUAUGAGUGUGGAGCUGCAGAAGGCGAACCUGGAGGGCGGCGCGGCGGGCGCGGGCGCGGGCGGCAGCGCGGGCCCGCUCGCGUCCGCCAUCCCGCUGGCGCAGCUGCUCAGCAAGAGCGGCGCGCUGGGCGCGCUCAGCUCGCUGUCGGCGCUGGGCGGGCUGUCCGAGCUGCUGGCCGGCGCCGCGCCCGUGCAGACCACCGGCGUGCACCGCCACAAGCCCUUCCGCCGCGCCGACGACGACCCGCCCUCCAAGACCUCCAAGGAGCGCAACAAAUACAGCCCCUACUAG